GUUACUCCGUAUCUUCCAUGACGAGCAGUGUCAUAUCGGCGAUGAUAAAACGUACCAGUCGAUAGCUGCAAAUUUUUGGUUUCCACGAAUGAGACACUUCAUCAAAUGUUAUGUUAGGCAUUGUGUAAUAUGUGCAGUAAAAAAGACAAGAACAGGACCACUACAAGGUUUUGUACAUCCAGUAGAGAUUCCCAAAGAACCAUUUCACACCUUACAUUUGGAUUGUUUAGGACCAUUACCUGUGUCUACUGACGGUUACAAGCACAUUUUGGUUAUCGUUGAUAGUUUUACGAAAUAUUGCAUUUUGAUGCCAAUGAAAAGUGUGACCACCGCAGAAACUCGUGAAAAAUUAGAAACUGUGUUAUCAUUAUUUGGAACCCCUAAACGAGUUAUAAUGGAUGCCGCUACGUCGUUCAAGAAUACAACUUUUCCAAAGUAUCUGGAAAAUUGGAAUAUCGAGCAUCAUUAUGUUACGCCAGACAUACACAGAGGAAAUGGACAGGUGGAACGCUAUAUGAGAACCAUUAGGAAUUUAUUGAGAAUUGAAACUCGAGUAAAGGCAGAAUGGCCGAGUGGUUUAUGGAAAAUCCAGCUUGUUCUUAACACAACUGUGCAGAAAUCAACUAAUUUGACUCCACUGCAAUUACUCCUGGGAAUCCAAAGUUCGACACCAUUGAUACAGGCGUUAUUGAAAAAUGUGUCAAAGGAUCUGUCUUCAAUAAGAAACCGAGAUUUGGAUAGACAGCGAGUAGCAGAAAAAUUGUCCUCGACACGUGAUCUGAACGAUGUUAAUAAGAGAAGAAGAGAUAACGUUCAGUACUCGCCUGGUGACUUUGUGCUGAUGCACCGUGAUUCUCAGAUGCACAUUAGUAAAAGCGAUUAUGAGUUUCUGGGUCCAUACGAGGUGGUGAACUGCCUGGAUAAUGGACGCUAUGAAAUUAAGAAGGUUGGCACGAACAUCGUGACGAAAGCAGCCAAGGAGCAGCUCAGACGGUGGCCUAUACAAUGGGCUUUGAAUGUUGACAUGAAUGAAGUAUUGGAUUUUCUGGAGUCAGAAAGUGACUCAGUUGAAAGAGAAGAUAGGUCUUCUGGAGAAAAAUGCGUCGAGAGCGUCGCAGUUGUCAGGAAGGCCGUGUAAGAAAUCGAAUACACGAAUAUGGUGAGCCGCUGCCGGUCAAAGGGGAUAAGCGCUGAGUAAACAUAAACGACAGCCGAGAUUUGAAGCUGUGGUACUCAGGCAAUUCGAUUUGAAGAUCCCUUCGUGCUCGGAUGUACAAGCCGCUCGAUAUUUCUUGUGUUUACGAAAAUAAAUGAUUAAGUUUGGAA